AUGUCAACAACAUUCUUGAGUCUCCUAACAUUGCUAUCUCUGGCGGUAAAAGGGGAUGGCGUGGAAACCAUUGGUGAGGCACACCAUAGGAUGCCAGGAGCAUUUAGGGAACAAACGUCAUUUGAAAAACUUAAAGGAUCCCAGAAGAUAUGUGUCAUACUGGGUAUCCUCAUAAUUACUGCCAUAGUAUGUGCGAUCAUUGUUGGAAUAGUCAAAAAAGAUAGCAAUACACUCUACUUCAUCAUCCCUGCUGGAAUCCUUUUGCUAGUGGGAAGUUUCUGCGCAUCACACUAUCUGGGACCUACAGAGGUUGGAUUCACUAAAGAGGAAACGAUUUUAGGUGCAAUUGGAUUAUCGGUGUUAUUUAGCAUCUGCGGUCUCACCAUUUUCGGUGUGACAAAAUGUGAGGAGGCAUAUUUCCCCGCCAUGGGAGCCUUCGCCUCUAUUUCCCUAGUCGCCUUGGUCAUAUAUUCUGCGUACAUCAAUAAAAACGGUACUUUUUACGAAAUGUCAGGAUUCAAGCUUUUUAGAAUCUUGAUUGCCUUCUUGGCUUUCGCCAACGUCAUCGUUGGUAAUCCUUUGGGUGAUGGAGUGGCGGUUGAUGAUGAGCAAGUGGAUUUGCAAGCUGCUAAUCAGCGUUUCCACGGUUUGCUUGACCUGAUUCCAGAGGAGCUAGCCAAAGAAGUCACCAAGUACGGCGAGUAUGAGAACGUUCCCAAAAGUAUCACUAAGAAGGUUGAUGAUUAUUUCAGAAAGGUGCGUUUUGCCGAGUUAGUAAGCCGCCUUCCUGAAGAACUGGCCGAAGAGGUUGGCCAGUACCCAUCGCGCAGUAAGGUCCCUAGCGAGCUUAAGCAAAAAAUAGCUGCUUAUCGUGAGCAGAAGUAUAUCAAAGAUGUUGCCGAAAGUCUCCCAGAGGAUCUCGCACGAGAGCUUGGCAAAUACUCAUCUUUUGACGAAAUCCCUGCUGAAGUCAACAAAAGGAUUCGUGCUCAUUUCGGAAGGUCUACCGAAAAAGCUACCAGUGCUUCCACUGAUGAAAGUAAACAGGAGAAACCCGUUGACGAUGGAUCUGCUCCUAGAGUUAAAACCGUCUCCGAUAUAUCGGAAGAGCCAGUGAAAAAACCCGGAUGGUUUGAAAAUCUGAUUUGGGGAAUGAGUAAUUUGAAAUGUCACCCUGACUAUUACGUAGAGACUAUGUCAGGGUAUUACGAGGAUGAAUAUGAUAAUCACUAUUAUGAUGAAGAACCAAUAUCAACCUUUGCAGCCAGAGUGUUGGGCAGUACCAAAAAACACACUGAUCCGCAGGAAGAAUCUGCUCCAGCACCAGGCCAGGUGACGGACGAGAGCGAAAUUACAGUACCCCAAACACCUGAAGUAGCUCAGGAGGCUGCAACUGAAUCUGUAGCCCCAAUUGUAUCUUUUGAAACAGCAGAUGACUUGGUAUUUAAUGAGCGCGCCGGCGAUCGUAUUAAGCAAUUCAUCGCCAUGCUUCCCUCUAACAUGGCUGACCGUUUCGACCCGUAUGCAAAGCGCAUGUUGCCUGCACGCCUUGCUGAGGAGCUUGCCGCUCUCGAGGAUAAUAAGCUUACUCGGGAACAGGCAGAAGGCGUUGCUAGACAUCUGCUUAAGGAGUAUAUCAGGAUCAUUAUUAACGAUCCCGCUUGGAUGCCUAUCACCCCCGAACUUCGUCAAUACCUUGGUAUGUAUUUCUUCACACUUCUCUUGUGGAACUCUGAUCCUCAAUACUUGGCUCCCAAGCCCAAAUUGGAUCUAGAAAACUUUAACGAACUUUACGAUCCCGAGGUGAUGCUAGCAAGCGCUGGAUGCAAGAAACGUGAGUCGCACCUUGACACUGCUCAUGCAAAGGAAGAACCAACCUAUGUUGCUUCAUCUGAAGAAGUUGAACCAGUUGUUGAAGAAAGGAGCCGUAAGAAGCGUCUAAAUGUUCUUCUCAAAAAGUUGCCUACUUACCUGGCAAACGAGGCUUCUAAGUAUCGCGAUGUCGCCAGCAUGCCUCCAUACAUCAAGAAGAGGAUUAACGAAAUCGUUGCCGCAAGGCGUUCUGAUGAUUUGCUAUCUGUACUUCCCGAGAGCUUCGCUCGUGAAAUCAUGAUGUACUCCAGCGUGUGCGAACUUCCCAGCACUGUAUUGCAUGACAUUUUUAACUACAUAUACGGUAAGGUCGAAGCUGAAGUUGAUGCCCACCCACACGUUGGCAAAGAUCGUCGUCUCAUACUCAUCUCCCAGCUUCCUGAUGAACUAGCUAGUCAGAUUAGUGCUGAUGAUGAGGAAGCGUUCCCCGAGCCCCUCGCUAGGGACAUUGCCCGUUACCUUGCCAAGGAAACCGUUGAAAUUUGUCACAGAGCGUGGAAUGCCAAUUUGCUAACAAGAUACCUCGCUCCCUCAUAUGUAAAACAUAUUCUGUUCUUCAGCGAUGUUUUGCGUGUUGCCCAUGCGCUUAACAUCUACUAG